AUGUCAGUUUUUCAGAAAAUCUUAAGGCAUAAAUAUCUGCGUUUCAUGAUUUCACCAAGGAACAAAUGGGAUGAUGCUACUGUGUCUGUGACAAGACAGAUCUGAACUGAAGGAAGCAAUUGAGUUUGCCAUCAAAUUGCACUUUGAGACACUGGAAGGUAAGUAUGGGAUAUCCACAGUGGGACCAUUCCUUUGGGACACACAGGUGAUUCCCCAUCAUUUCAGAUUGGUGCACGUCUCAUUCAUCGUUUGUUGUAGUUUUCGGGACAAACUUAAGGGUGUGCCAUGUGCUAGACACAGUAUGUGGAUGUCUCUCUGCAGUAUUUCCAGGAGAAACUCGGUUGCUUUGAUCCCGUAGAUGAUCCCAUAGAUGUCUGUCUGGCCUGGCACUGACUUCUGAAGAAGGCAGGCUAAUGCUUGGGGAAGAGGUGCCUUGCAGCCAGACAAGCAGCCUGCACACAACUGCAGAUAGCUCUGCUCAUUCCACACAGGUGUUCCCUAGCAUAGACUGUUUGCCAGGAAAGUAAAAGAGUAGCAUUUCACAUUUCAUUGUUUUUUGGAACAUAUUUUGUUAACAUCUUUAGCUCUGUCUGGGUUUCCCUGCUUUUGAGUUUCUCUCUUUUCCAAAUCGUGGCUUUUUGGGUUCCUUGCUGUAACCCAGUUGGAGAGAAAUGAUUGUUAGAGAGAGUUGGUGGCUUUCACCUUCUCCACAUGCAGACAUCUUUCCUUUCUUGUGAUCCCUACCCCACUCCUCUGAGCUGACUUAUCACUUCUGUGCCACAGGUUUCUGACUUGUUUGAGAGGGUUGGCCUUGUUAUUUUGAGAGUCAAAAGCUCAACACAUGCUCUAUUUUAUGAAAUACUCUGCAAAACAAUUUAUAACCUCCCACAGACACAUACCCCCCCCACACACCCUCGAGAGAAAACCACCUCAUUCACUGUGUUGCUGUCCUAGCUGGUCUCACCCACUGUUACUGAUUUAAUAUGCCUUCCUUCCAAGCAGAUAGCCUCUAGAAAUUCUAUCAGCCUCUGCAAUAAUUGAAAUGGGAUUGCACCAAUGACAUCUCUGUGUUAUACAGAGAUCUCUUGAUACAGUCCCUCCAGAAUUUCCCAGUUAAAUUCAGAGCCACAGACAUCUUCCCUUCUGUCUGUCCUGUAACCGCCUCAUUCCAAAACUUGCAUAAGAAAGUACAGAAAAAUGGUUCUGUAGCAUCCUCUAUAGCUGGUCUCACUGUCCUCCAGGAGUGGAAGAGGAAGGUUGAUUUGAUUUUUCCCCUUCACUUUUCCUCAUUCUUUACACCUUCUUUUCCUUUCCACAUACAAGCACAUCUUAGGAUGAAACCUGGUUUUUGACAGAGAAAUCGACAACUGAUGCAGAGCUGCUGCUGGAUGAGCAAGAACUGAGCAGCUACAUGCUGUUGGUUUCCCUGCUCUGCAAAUCAAAACAUUCUGUUAAAUCGGAUAGAAAUUAGGUUUUCCAAAGUGGCAGCUUUUGUAGUUGGCACAGCAAGGAUUGGUGAUCACACACAGGCAGCAAGUGGGACAGCAAGAUAAACUCUGUUACAAAAUUUAGUCUGUACUUAAUAGUUUGAGAAGCAUUUUAGAAGAUUAACUGGUGCUUAUCAGUGUAAGCUGGGGCCUUUAGCAAAUAAACAGCAACACUGUAUUUCUGUUUUGAACUACACCGGAGAUAAUGGUGUUGAAAAUGACAGAGCCCAGCAGUGGUGUGAAGUUUCAAAUUCCUCCUCAUGUGCUAUAUCCCAGGUAAUUCAGUAUGAACUUUCUCUACUCCUAAUAAAGAUGUAACAUUUUGCCUGGUAUUUUUAUCUUUCUACAAAUUUAUUUAUUUAUUCAUUGGUCUGCAUGUCCUCAAGUAAUGAACAUUUUCAGAGAAAUAAGUAUUUGUAAAAAAAUACAAUGAACAAUUCUGUUCUUCAUUGUCAUCACUCAGCCUUUUCUCAUUUGGGGAUAUUUGUAUCACAAGAUCACCAGCUACAAAGCUAGUUUGCCUCAGAGGGGACUGAAGAGACAUCAGCUGCCAGCUGAGCUUUCUGAAAACAGGUCUAUGGUAAUGCCUGCUGUGGCUGAGCUGGAAAUCAUUUGAAUUGAUCCCUUGAUAUUUUACCCGUGGGGCUGAUUCUCGCUGCUGCACUGAACUGCCACAUACAAAGAAGAAUGGUUUAGUGUCACUUUCAUGUGUCAGAUCUCUGUUUGAUGUGUGUUAAGCAGUGCAGAAAACCUGAAGAGUCACAGUUCCUAAAAAUCAGUACAUUGCUUAAACUCUGGUGCAUGUUUUGUGUGCACAUGUAUGUGUGCAUGCAUGUAUGCAUGGGAAAGUAAUCCAAGCUGGAAAAGUUGCUAAAUUAGUUUCAGGGUUUUUUUCAUUUUGGUUUUCUCCAAAAUGUUUAAGUCUAAAGUGUUUGUGUUUUAUAAAUCGAAAGUGAAUCAUAUUGUUUAUUAAGGUAUCCCCAAGUUAACACAGUGUGUGGUUUCCCAGGCAAGCUGGCAGAGCUUCUUCCAACUACUCAAUUAAUCUAUGACAGACAGCAGUUUAUCUAAAGGGUGCACAGACACCAGUGAGAAAGGUGUUUGUCAGCUGUCCUUGUGUAGUCCUAGAUACAAUUUCAGUAGAAAAGCUCUAUAGGCUGUCCCCCUGAAACUAGGCUCAACUCUGGCUUACUGGCUUUUGUGUUAAAUUGUUACAAAUACAUGGUCACGGGUAAAUCCUUAAAGUUCCUUCACAAGUACUUACAUUGAAAAUAAAAUACAGGCUUUGUAUGGUUUAGGGGCAUAUCGUAAGUGAGCAACAUCUGAGCUGUAACAUAAGACUAUCAAACAUUCCUGACAAAUAUGAAAGUCCCAAAACUUUCUGAAGUCUCACCUGAAAAUUGUCUCCUUUUAUUUUGUCAGUGUUUGACUCUUUACACCAGUGAAGUAUUAUAGGGUUGCCCCAUAGUUUAUAUGCUCUGUUCAGCUUGGGCUGAAUUCAGCAGCGUUUUUACAAGAAGCUUCUGCUUACUCACUGAAAGCCUUGCAAUAAUGUAUUUGAAUUGUAUGACCCAUUUUAAUGUUGGCCUUAAAACCUUUUGACUUAAGGCAACCUCUGAGAAUCUGCUGUCCCCCACCAGAGUACCCAGGCCACCACUUCAGAGCCACCAAAUUUAGCUGAUUCUCUUGCCUCUUCCCCUCUACAACUCUCCAAAGAGGUGAUGUUUGCAGGAAGCCACCACAUUUGCUAUGGCAGUGUAUUUAAUAUACAUCACAGAGCUGGGUGUGAUCUGUGUUAAUGGGGUUGUGCAAGCUGCUGGGAGAGACUCACCCCUUUAGGCAUCAGUCUAGGCAUCAACAUUAAAUCCAUGUACCUGGCAAAGCAUCAGCCUCCCAGUGCUCGACUUAGCAUUAGCAUUACUCCCCUGGGUCCUUUGCUGUACAUGAUUAAUUUUGCUCAUUAAGCAUUGAAGCUAUUUCCUAGUCCUUAAGCUACAAGUCUUGAAUUCUACCACUAUAUUUGGCAUCUCACUGUACCCAGCAAAGUCAGCUUUGCUCCAGGGGCAAGACUGCAAAACCGGUCUUGGACAAUUUGGCUGAAAAUACUGCAUAGGGUGCCGGCCAUGUGACAGCAGUCAACCUGCCAGGAUAGGUAUCGGUCUUUGCAUGGCCAGAAAAUAGUGCUGUGGGUGAGAGCCUGCAGUUUACAUUUCAUUGUCUUUAUCCCUAAGUUUGAAUACUUUUAGCUUGUCACAAGGUGCUCGUUUAAAAUUGUAGUAUUAAUCUACAGCAGCCAGUCUCACAUUGUUAUCCCUGGCUCACCUUGGUCACUGAGCCCCCUGUAAAUUAGCUGUGAAACCUCACCUGCCUUUCCCGUGCCUCCAGUUAAAACCUCAGUGUGUUCAGGUAAGAAGAGCCUUUGCUUCAUGCUCUUCAACACAUGGAGUAACCUUAGUGUGAAGGAAAAAAAGCAUCAAACAGCUGUUUGGCACUGUGUGUUUGAAACUUGAUCUUAUUAUUUAUAAACCAGGGUUUAAACUUUUAAAAUGUUUAUUAUUAUUAUGUCUCAGCAGUAAAACAGCAUCACAGUUCUUGCAGAUGUAUUUUUUCCUUGCAUUUGGGUUUACCUUUCACUGCUUUAAUGAAAACUUGCUUGUAUUUACAGUUCCAAGGUGUCAUUUGUCUCACCAAAACAGCCAAACUCUGAAACAUGAGCUGGAUUCUUUUCUGGCUUGCUCUUGCAGGAAAAAAAAAAAUAAAGAAAAUUUAAAAAAAAGGAAAAAACAAGUUGUUAAUCAGUGGCCUAUCUUCAGAGCAAGCCUCUGUAGGGACUGGCUCCAGACAAUGCUAUACUUACACCUGUGCAAUUGAUCAUAUCAGAAUUCCUUUCAGGCAACUCAGAAUAUCAUUUGAGGUCUAUGAGGUGUGGCCAGAAGGAACACUUGGACUAUGAAACUCUGUGCAUGAGGAGAAUGAAGGUUCAUCAUCAAAUCCUGAACUGAGAUCAGAGAGACUAAUAGCAAAAGUAGAAAAAAGAAAACUCUUGGUUUCAAAGAGAGAAGAAAACCUCUCAGAAGUCACUAAGCCACAGGCUAUGGAACUGUCUUGCUUUGAGUAGAACUGUAAUUUAAGUACUGAAGAGCUCCACUUGACUCCUUUAGCAAGGUUACAAAGUAGCCUAUUGGAAACACAAUGCUACCUCUGUAUUGUAAGGCAGUUCUUAGAAGCCUCUGGAUAGCCAAGCCUUCAAGGGAUUGUUACAUAGUACAACCACCAAAUGUACAAAUAUAGUAAUCAUUGAGGAGAAGUAUAUAACUAUACACUCCUAAACUCUUUGAAGUCCAAUCCAGUUCCAGUCCCCAGCCUGUUUUAGACAAAACUGACAAUUAAGCACAAGAGCAUUGCACCUUGAUGAAAACAAAACUGGUGUUUGGUACGUGCCCUGUGUUGUGCUGGGUUACAUCCACGCCAGCCCUUUAACGCCCUUGGUAUCGGGGCUGACUUCUGUGCAGUGACCAAACAAACAGCAGCAGUAACUAAGAACAGUGGCAAAGAAAGAGUUUCUGUAUUCCUGAUAUGCAAGUGAAAUAUGCAUGGGGGAGCCAAGAUUCUGUAUUCCUUCUCAUCCAGAAGCACAGACUAGUUUGGGCAGCUGGUGCAGCACUGGGUGCACAGGUAUGUUUUACUUGCAGAAAUGCAACACACAAGCUUAGAACAAACCCAUUGAUGCUGCAGUUUAUUGUAGCUGUGACAUACUGGAGCCCACGGGACAGGGGAAGACUGUGUGCUUCCCUCCUGUCACUUGUAAAAGCUGCUAUUGCACUCUGUACUGAUGAAUUCUGGCUCCUACAGCUUCCUUCUCCCUCGUGGAAAAGGAAAUGCAAUGGGAACAGUGUGGUUGGAGGCUGCUAAGGGUUGUCCUGGGGAAGGGUGGCCAGGAGGGAAGGGGCAGUGUGUCCAGAGCUAAAUGGGGCCGUGAAGCUUAACAUGGAUGUCCUAGAGUGAUUGUGGCUCCUGGGAAGUCACUGGGCCAAAUCACCAAUGGAUUAAAGAAAAUGGUGUUCAUUAAGAAUAAAAGCCUGCUUGCAUUUAAAUCAGAUUUAAUUGUAUUCACACUGAAAGACUCUGGAUGUUCCCUUCCUUCGGGAGGCAGGACAGUUAGUUUCAUUGAGGCACUUUACAUCCCAAAGAAUGCCCCUCUUCCUGUUAAAAAAAUUCAGGGUAUUCCCCAAGAACCAUACAACAAUGUCUACAAUGGCAGGGCAAAACAGAAAGAUUUCUGACAGAAGAGGGUAACAAGAAAAUUACCUGAAAUGGUAGCAAAAGGACAGCUGAUAGAUGUGGACAUGGAAUUUGGAAAUAAUAUAGAAGGUCUGAUGCAGCCUUUUGGAUGCAAUUUCAAUCAAAGAAAUCUGGAAACAGCCCUAAUCCUGUCUAUUUUAUGAACAUAGAUUUUAUUGCUGUUUUAUAGCAUUCACAAUCAUCAGAAAGGCUGCUACAGUUGUCAGAUUAACAGGUCUUUGCUCAGUCUUUUCAUCCACACAUCCUUCUACCUGUGCCUCUCCACACUCAGCUUUCCCUUUGAACUUCACUGCCACCAUAACCUGGUGAAAACAGGCUUGGAGAAUUCAGAGCAGAAAUAUCUUUCUGGUGUUUUUAUGUGCUGUAUGGCACAGAAGCCUAUUGAAUAAUUGGGGCCCUACUACCACUUGGAAAACAGGCAUAAAAAUCUUUUCUCUCUCUUACAUAGCUUCAUCCACUUUCUGCAGCUUUUCAUUUCCAUCACAACUCAGCUGCCUAGAAGACAUUCUCUGCAAAGAUUGGAAAUGAAGACUUUACAUACAGGCUUAAAAUCGUAGUGCUGCUCAAGAAAGGAAAGUUAAUACCUGUUGUCUCCAUGGCUUACUUCACUGUGUAUUUAAAACUACACUAAAGAUCCUCUGGUCCUCCCCCACCCCCAAAACAUCCCUGUGUAACUGAUGAUGAGCCAGAGAAAUGUCCCAAAGUGGGGAUAGCAGGAGGGUAUUGGCUGGCUCAUGCUGUACAACGGGCAGUGGUAGCACCUGACGGGACCAGGGGCCCCUUGCACUGCCACAGUCCCUUCUGGGAGGGGCCGGGAAAGAGGAGCCUUGUGUUGUCAGGCAGCCCCAUCUGCAGGAACUGUCCCACCCAUGGCCCUUGAGAGGUCUCUUGGCAUCCCUUAGUCUUUGUGCUCUCACUUGUUAACAUGUCCUGUUAUCUCCUGUUUAUCUAGAUCUUCCCCAGCCUGUUUCAUACUGCCAGAUGGUAACCCAAAUUCUCUAUUCCCACUCAUCUAUGGUCCAAGUUUGUUUCCCUGUGAGUUGCAGCGGCAAAUUUCUCCUGAUUGUCCUAAAUCUCAGUACUGGGGAAGAUCUCUAUCACUGAUUCACUGAGGAGUGAUGUCUUUGAGAUCCCCCGGUGCAGCUGAUCUAGAGUUCAGGGAGGGUCAGAAGAUCACUUUGGGACAUCAGGUUUGUGUGUUAGGGGGAAAAACUGAACCCAUCUCAAGGAGGAGAACACUCCAGUUCUGCUUGCACAUGGCCUGGGUACCCUUGAAACCCCCUCUCAGCGGCCUGCAGUCUACAUCCAGAUUAAAAAAGAACAAAAAGAAACCAAUAAAAAUUAAAAGAAAACACGAGGACUGCCUGUAGAAUCGGUGCUGCCCCGAGAUAAACCCUGGAGAAAGAGGCACUGUCAGUCUGAAGUCAUGGCAGAAUCUGUACUGAAAAGUCAGAUAUCCAGAGGAAGGUUCUGAAGAGUGAGGAGGGAAGAAAUGGCUUCCAAGUUUUCCAAGAUAUUUGUCAAGAUGUACAGAAAGAUAUGGGAAUAUUCAAAAAUCCUUAACUGUAUAGGUCCCAUAAGGGUGCUCUGCUGCCUGGGCAGUACAGCUGGUACCAAACACGGUGGCAGUUAGCACAAGCACUGCAAAUAUGUGAGAGGAUCAAAAUUCAAAAGAGCCCUUUAAAACCACAUGAACCACUAACACAAAAUUAUGUUUCUUUGAUUUCUGCCAGAACAGCUCUGUAAAUAAUUUUCUAAGAAGGAUCCAGAAAUAAAACACACACCUGUAGUACUGCAUGGGGUGUGAUGGGAAGACGACCAAAUAAUUACAUGUAAUUCUAGUUACUGUAUUCAAAGGAUGAUGCACAACAAUAAUUUGUCUUUAUGCUUCUAUUGAGGUUGCAGCACUACAAGGGCAAAGCUGAGCACCCCAACAAGUCCCCUUGUCCCAGUUAUGUUUAAGUGGUAGGGUCCUACAAACGCAAUUUUAUAUUUGUGCCUGCCACAGCAUCAUCAAACGUUAUCACUCACCACUUCAGCUGCUUCCACUGAGAAAGACUUUGAGCUGUUUAAUGCACCUGAUGCUGAUCAUUCCUGCCUGGAGCCAUGGUGAAAUGCAUUCACCUGUCAGGGCUUUAUUUACUCCUGGGGCAUUUUGCUAGAGGCAUUCAAUGGGCAGAACAUAGUUCUUUUACUUUUGAGACUAGAAAUGAUGUGAAAUACUUAGGAGUUAAUAAUUUUUUAGCUUUAAAUCCAUUUGCCUUAACUUUCUAGAGAUUUGCUUCAGGGCUGGACAGGAAUGUUUCCAGGUGAACCUGAUUUGGUUCUGACAGUUGUGACAGAUGCAGUUCAUUUGGGGGAGGGAGGGAAAAUGGUGAAGGGAGGAUAAAAGGCUUUGGAAGUUAGUUUAGAGUCCUUUCUGUCAGGGAAGCUUUCUAGUGUUCUGUCUUAGUAGCUGCCUGUUGUUUUCUCCUUCAUAUUAUGCCAUCACCUAUUCCUCUUAAUUGUUUUCUUUCUUUUGAGUAUUCCCCCUCUGCGAAUUUGCGCCCCUGCAGCAGCCCUUUAGUUAUCCCUGGCAAAGACAGCAAAAGCUUUUUGGGAGGAGCUUCUUCAGCCAGGACUCGUCGCUUGCCCUCGCGCCUGUCCUGGUGCUCCAUUGACUGGGAGCAGCUCUGCCUCCUGCAGCCCUUAGGAUCUGGGGGCUUUGGCUCAGUCUACAAAGCCACCUACCAUGGUGCAACGGUGGCUGUGAAGCAGGUGAAGAAGAGCAGCAAAAACCGGCUGGCGUCGCGGCAGAGCUUCUGGGCUGAGCUGAACGUGGCCCAGCUCCAACACGAUAAUGUGGUACGUGUGGUGGCUGCCAGCACCUGUGCCCCAGCCAGCGAGAACAGCCUGGGCACCAUCAUCAUGGAGUAUGUGGGUAACAUCACCCUGCACCACGUAAUUUAUGGCACUGGGGAUGUGUGGAGACAGGGGGAGGAUGAUGAAGAAGGAGGUGGAAGGAAGACCCUCAGCAUGGAGGAGACUGUGUGCUAUUCUUGUGACAUCAUGACAGGCUUAGCCUUUCUGCACUCGCAGGACGUUGUGCACUUGGACCUGAAGCCUGCAAAUGUUUUCAUCACUGAGCAGGGAGUGUGCAAGAUUGGAGACUUUGGGUGCUCCCAGAAGCUGGAGAAGGGCUCAUCCCAGAGUGCCCGUGUUUGCCAGCAAGGGGGCACCUACACACACCGUGCCCCCGAGCUCCUCAAGGGGGAGAGGGUCACCGCCAAAGCAGACAUCUACUCGUUUGCCAUCACCCUCUGGCAGAUGGUCACGCGGGAGCAGCCGUACCUGGGCGAGCGGCAGCACGUGCUCUACGCCGUGGUCGCCUACAACUUGCGCCCUUCCCUGGCUGCCAGGGAGUUCCACGAGUCACCAGUGGGCCAGACCCUGCACAGCAUCAUCAGCUGCUGCUGGAAGGCCAAUGCAGAGGAGCGUCUGCGUGCAGACCAGCUGCUCCCCAGCCUCAGGGCACUCAAGCAGAGCCUCUAGGAAAACUCAGGACUCUUUAUACUCCUUUUGUCUACUUUUCUUUCCCUCUACCCUUCCUCUGAACAUAAUUAAUCUAGCCACUAUGUGAUC